CAUCUCUCGUCGCAAACAUCUCGUAUGGCGUCCCACUCGUCUGCGCGCUGUUCGGACGGCGCCAGUACGACCUCGACCGAAUCGACCGACUCGGGCGUCUCCCUCCCGCCCGCACCCUCGUCGCCAACUAGGGCUCCGUCAUCGUCGUCGUUGUCGUCAUCAUCAUCUUCACACGCAUUUGUCGCUGACCCUCGUCCGCCGGAGGCUCCGCCUGUGCGCACUCCGCGCAGCCACAUGAUGUGGCUGUUACGCGAUCGCUGCGAGCCGGCCGAGAUCCAAGGUGUCAUGUCGCGCAGCAAGAUACUCCCCCACUCAUCCGCACCGCUCUCGCGGGCCUUUCACGGCACAAUCAUUGCGCUCGUUGAUAGUCCACUUCCGGGUACCGCCAUCCUUGGCCUUCUGACUCGCCUCGUCGAUGCUGCCCUCUUCAUCGCUCUGGCGUUUACGCCGCAUUGCCUCUGCGAUGCCCUCCAUACCGUCCCGCUUGCCAUCGUCCCGACCGCUUUGGCCACCACGGUCCUGCCGCUGAUGGUAGCCAUGGCUGUUGCCGUUGCAGUGGCAUGCCGCCCAACUGGGCCGCCUGCUGUGCUCGUUGCGAUCCUCCGCCUCUCCGGCGCUGUCAUCUACGGCCCGCUCUUCCUCCCGGUUCUGGCACUGUGUGUAGCAGGCGCCAGCUCUAGCGCUGGUGGCCUAGCUCCCGUCUUUGGUCUCGCUAUCGCUGCACACCUGGCCCUUGGCAUCAUUACUGCCUUUCACGUCGACACCUACGCCACCGAUGAGCUUGCUCCGGGUGUCUUUGCUGCCAUCACCGGUGGCUGCGCUGUUAUCGCCCGCGUUCUCGCUGCCGUCGCUGUCGUCGUCGUCAUGGAGCUGUGCUCGUCUGUCUCUGCCGCCGCCACUGUUGCUGUUACUGCUGCGGCCACUGCCAUUGCCCAUGCGCGCCUCGCGCCGUCUUGCCGCCGCCGGGUCGACAUCCUCACCUCGGCCUGCUACGCCAGCAUCAGCACCGCCGCGCUCGCCCUGGCCAUUGCGCCGGGUGCUCCUCGCAUCCUAGCUCUCUGCUCGUUGCUUCCCGGUCUUGUCGCCGGCACUCUCUGUGCCCUCUCCUUGCACAGCCCAGCGCCCAUCGCUGCUUUCGUCAUCGAUCGCCGGUUGGCACCCAUCCUCGGUCGGGUUGGCGUUGAUGUCAUCCGCAACCUGCGCUUGAGCCGGCUCAUCCGCUAUCCACUCAUCCGCGCCCGCUACGCUACCCAUCUUUACCUUGUCCACAAAGAGUUUGACGCCGCUGCGGCAGUCUUUCGUGGCCUCGCUCACGGCCGAGCGCUGCCAAGCGAGAGCGUUGUUGCCCUCAUCGCCGCAUGGACUCUCUGCUCGUUGCUUCCCGGUCUCGUCGCCGGCACUCUCUGUGCCCUCGCCUCGCACAGCCCAGCGCCCAUCGCUGCUCUCGUCAUCGAUCGCCGGUUGGCACCCAUCCUCGGUCGGGUUGGCGUUGAUGUCAUCCGCAACCUGCGCUUGAGCCGGCUCAUCCGCUAUCCACUCAUCCGCGCCCGCUACGCUACCCAUCUUUACCUUGUCCACAAAGAGUUUGACGCCGCUGCGGCAGUCUUUCGUGGCCUCGCUCACGGCCGAGCGCUGCCAAGCGAGAGCGUUGUUGCCCUCAUCGCCGCAUGGCGCGCCGCCAUCGGCGUGCCUUCCGCCGUCUGUGCCAUUCACCUCGAGCUCGCUCUCCGCGCCCACGCGCCCUCGAGCGAUGCCAUCCCUCUGCUGCUCUUCCAUCUCCGUCGCCAGCUGCGCGCGGCAUCGCAGCUUGCACCCGUCCAUCCCUCCGGAUCAGAGCCUUCCGCCGUCAUCCUCGCUGCUGUGACGCCGUCUAUCCACACCUCAGCUGCUGCCGCCUAUCCUGCCUUUCCUCACACAGUGCAGCGCCUACUGUGGGUGCUCUAUGGCGGCGAUCCGCUCCAAAAGGCCUCAACCGCGCCGGUAGCCGUCGUCAAUGCCUUUAUCGCCGACGCAGCCGCGCUUGAGCUCGACAAGGCCCACACAGCCAUCCUCGCCGACGUCAUUCGUGGUCCAAGCAGGAUCUCGCCCGCAAAUUCGCUGUUGGCGAUGGCCCUGGCUCUGCGGCGGCCAUGGAUGGAGCCGACCCUGCAUCCUCGAGUCAACUCCUUUGCCUCAACCCGCUCGAUGCAGUCCAGCAUAGUUAGAUCGCCGUCGUCGGUCGGCACUAUCGCCGCUGCUGCGCCAGGCCUCAUCAACGACGCGCCGCUGCUGGGGGCCGCCGACGACGUGGCCUCGCUGGUCGCCCGUGCACUGUGCGCCUGGCUUGCCGCCCGCACCCGUCGCACCCACCCGGUCACCACCGCACUGAUGGUCGAGCAGUAUGCGGCCAUCGAUCCGGCGAGCCACGCCAUCCUCCGGCACGUUGUCACCGCCCAUGUCUCGGGUCUCCUCGUAGUAGCGCACACCACCGCUGAGGAGCCUGGGCCAGUCCUCGAUCCCGAGCUCGGUCCCUGGGGCGCCGCAGGCAUCACCGACAUGCUGUACGCGUCGACGGUGCCCGGCGCCGAGACGCUCGAUGGCGUCUACGCCGUUCGGCUCUACACUUGCCCGCAGGCCGCGACGGAUGUUGGUGGUCUGCCCAUGCGCGCCGUCCUGGGCCAGGCCGCUGCAGGCAUCUGCCCGAUCCAUCGCCCCUCGGCCGCCGCCUCCGUCGACUCGCCGCCGGUCUCGCCCACAGGCGCCGGCUUCUCCUGUGGCUCUUCGAUCCACUCGGCCUUGUGGGCCAUGGGCAUGCGCGGGUCAGGCGUCUCGUCCGACGACCCCGAUAGCAUGCAGCCGACCUCGUACUCGGGCUCACGCAUCGCCCUCACCUACGACACCCUUGGUCGCACUGCCACAGACUCAUCCCACGACGAAUCGCACAGUGGGCGGCGCAUCCCGGCCUCGCAACUAUCGCUCACACUCCAGGCCUCAUCCGCCUCCACAUCCACCCAUCAUCCGCCGCCAGGCCUUAGCACAGUCUCGCUGCCGUCCUCUCCUGCUCCUUCGACAGCACCCAAGCCGGCCCAGUCCCGCCCAAGGUGCCCUAACGUCUCACCACUCAAUAGCCACGACAUGCCGCCGCUCCCCUCGCCAUCGCCGGCUCAGCUCUCGUGUCGCAGACUCUCAUUUCCUGUCCGCGGGCAGAUGAUGAUGUCGGGCUCCACCGUCGGUGCCUCGGCGCGCGCGCACCGCGCCGAGCCCGAGCCCGAGCCCAGCUCGCAGCCCCCCACAGACCCGGCCCGGCUCCAGCUCCCGCCGCUCCCGCCAUCACGCCGCGUAUCCCACACCGGCCGCGCGACCCGCAAGGUUGCGCCGGCCGCCGCCACUUCCAGCUCGUGCUCGGGCAGCGAGGCGACCAUGAUGUCGGCGCCCGAGUUUGCGCCCCACCAUCCAGCGCCUCCUGAACGUCCGCCGACGCCCGAGCCUCCCGCCAGACUGGCGAGAGCCUCGAGCGUACGCAGCAUGCAGCACGCGCCGAGCGAUGGAUGCGCGGCGCGAGUUGUUCGGGCCAUCCAUCAGCGGGUGGCCUUUGUCGACGGAUCGCCGGCUGACUCUCUGGGCACCGCCCACUUUCUGCAGCUGGUGGCGGCUGUUGGCCGGCGCGCGCCACUCACCGUCCUCGUCGCAGCCUUCAAGGCUGUUGCCGCUUCGGCCGCCCCGCCCUUCUCCACGAUCUCUUUUGCUCGUGCGUCCUUCAGCGCCCUGCUUGACGGCGCCAUCGCCGCGGGCGUGCUCGUCGCCGUCCGCGCCGCUCGCGCUGUUGCCUUUGCUCAUGCCGUCGAGUGGUCAGCCGUCUACGCCACGACUCCGCUCUCGCAUGCCGAGUGUAUGGCCUACCACAUCGGCCGCGCUAUGGCCGCCGCUGGCGAUCCGCGCGUCGCCCACCCGCUUGCUGUCCUUCCCUACGCCCGCCGCGCCUGGGACAUCGCCCUCCUCCUUGACCUUCUUGCCGCUCUCUGUGCCUCCCGCGCCACACGCAGCCCGGCCUACGCCCGCGAGCGCCUGUGGCUCCUCGAUCGCAUCCGCCCACCGUCGGCCCCUCCGGUCCUUACCCCCAUGCUCCGUGCCCAGGCCGCCAUCGCCUCGUCGCGCUACUCGCCGGCCAUCCCCACCUUUGCCGAGUCGUUCCUCGAUCCGCCGCCCGUGUACCCCGGCGACAACACCACCUGUGCUAACGCCAUCGCUGACUACGCCACAGCCUGUCUUGAGGAGCUCGAAGACGGUGCUAUCGGGUCCGACGCCACCUCACACCGCGCCAUCGCCGCUGUCCUCAGCCUCCUUGCCGCCUUUCACUUUCCGCCCGCUCGGCACGCCGCUCUUGAGACCCGCCUCACCCUCAUCGCCGGCGUCCGUGUCGCCCCGUACGACAUUGCCGCCGCUGUCGCCUCCGACCCCUUGCCGCAGUCUGUCCAUCCGCAUCAUGUCGUCGCUCGCGUUCUUCUUGCCCGUGCCGACGCGCCCAAGCUGGCCCUCCGUUGGCUGGCCUCGCUGCGCCCGACGGGGCCCGUCGCAGUUACCCGUGCCACCGCCGCCCUCGCCGCCAACAAUCCCGCCGCCGCCCUCGCCAUCAUCAGGCCUCUCAUCCGCGCUGGUGCUGCGCCUGCCGGGCCAGUCGUCUACGGUAGCGCUUGGCUUGUCCACGCUCGUGCUCUGCUUGUCGCCGGCCACCGGCGUGCUGCAUGGGUCGCCUGUCUCGCACUUUACGACCUCGAUCUCUCCCCUUCGUCGGUCGACGGCGCGCUGCACAUGCUGAUGGUCAUUGCCACGCUUGAGCGCGUGCGUGCGUCGUACAUGUCUGUGCGGGCGUCGCUCCUUGCCCACGCCUCGUGCCCGGGCUCGCUCGCCCUUACCGUCCUCAGUGGACUCAUCUGGCGCCUUGCCGGCCUCGACCUUGCCACUGAUCCGGUCCGCAUCCUUGGCACGCGCCGGUCCGGCAUCGAGCACGCCAUGGAGGGAUUCCCCUCGCGUGGCUGUGCUGUCGCCGCCACCGCUGCUCUCGCCGCCGACUACAUCUCCGCUGCUGACCGCGACGACCCGGUCGAGUGGUGCACCCGCCGCGCAGCUGUCCUUGUUGCCGCCGCCGUCGCAGACUGCGCACGACAAGCCGCCGCGCGCUUGCGCGUCGACGAGAAUAUGUUCCUCGCCGUCGGCUCCGUCGACGCCGACGCCCCGCGUCCGCGCUCGCCCGGCGCCUCGACCUGGAUCCUCGUCGACAGCCUCACCAUCAUUGCUGCCGCGCGCAACGCAAGCCUCUUCCCCCCGCCACCCACUCCUGCCCGCAUCUCGCACUCGGCCGUCAAAGACUGGCUCAUCCACGCCACCGUUGCCGCCGAUGGCACAGUUGCCCUCCAGCACAUGCUGGACAACCAGCUGCUCAUUCCCUCGGGCUCCUCCUCUUACGAGCUCACUGUGUAG